ACAGAAAAAUUUGGGGCUCUUCUUGCUUCCAUACCCUUGCCAAUUAUGGCAGCUCUGUACUGUGUCCUCUUCGCUUAUGUUUGUUCAGCUGGUCUUGGAUUUCUCCAGUUCUGCAACCUGAAUAGCUUCAGGACAAAGUUUAUCCUUGGCUUUUCUCUCUUCAUGGGCCUCUCUGUGCCACAGUACUUCAAUGAAUAUCUUUUAAUAUCUGGACGUGGCCCUGUUCACACUGGUGCCACCUGGUUCAACAACAUAAUGCAAUUGAUUUUCUCAUCUCCGGCAACAGUGGCAAUUAUGGUUGCAUUCUUCUUGGACCUCACUCACAGUCUGAGGCACAGCUCGACCCGGCGAGACAGCGGUAGGCACUGGUGGAGCAAGUUCAGAAAUUUUGAUCAAGACGUUAGGAGUGAAGAGUUCUAUUCACUGCCUUACAACCUUAACAGGUUCUUCCCUUCAUUUUAACUUUGAAGCAAUCACUCGCCAGGCAAAGAAAGGAGUAAAAGUAUAGAAUAUUGUCAAUUUAUUACAUCUUUGCAACAAAUUAAAUGUCUUAUCAAAUGCAGAACACAAGAAAGAAAAUUUAUAUAGGGCAGUUUAAGCCAGGAUACUGACUACUGGCUAAUCUUGUAAUUACAGUAUAAUUAUAGAUAUAUGUGUGUAGAAAGAAUCUUAAAAGCGCUAUUACGGAAAUUUCUAUCCACUGCAAAAAAAAAAAAAAAAGAAGGAUAUUGAUGGGGUUAAUUCUUCUCCCCUCGUACCAACGAGCAUAUCUAAUUGCUUAAUUUCUUAAGUGUGGCCUUCUGAUAAAAUAUGAUGCAUUCUUAUU